AUGAGCUACUACAGCAGCUACUAUGGAGGCCAAGGCUAUGGCCAUGGAGGUAUCAGUGGCCUGGGCUAUGGCUAUGGAGGCUUUAGUGGCCUUCGAUAUGGCCAUGGAGGUAUCAAUGGAUUGGGCUGUGGCUACAACCAUAGAAGCUUCAAUGGUCUUGGCUAUAGCCAUGGCUGUGGAAGUGGCAGCUUCCAUAGACUGGGCGAUGGUUAUGGCUUUGGAGGCUAUAGAUAUGGUUCUAGCUACAGAAACCGCAGAUAUGGUCACUACCAUCCCUCAUCUUUUGGGAGCUAUGGCUUCUCCAGCUUCUACUGA